AUGGAGGAAGAUAUACUUCAAGUCCAACAAUGGCCCGUUCCACCUCCAAGUUGCCCAUUCCAUGUUGUCAUUGCACCAGGACAGGCUAGGGAAGAAUGGCCCAUUCCACCUCCCAGUCGCCCAUUCCAUGUGGUCAUUGCACCAGGGCAGGCUAGGGAAGGACCCAAAUGCACCAAGCAGGGACCACAUCCUCCAGAGCUUGUUUAUCCCUUGAAACCACAUCAACGUUGGGAUGCUGAGCUGAGGCACUGUGAUGAGGCAUGCAAAGCACAAAUCACUGAAUGCAUGCAAGGUCCUGCUACUCACCAAGCAUAUGUAAGGGAGUUAAUAGUUGGUCGCUGGAAUGCCGAGAAGAAGAAGUGUGAAGAAGCACGCAAAGUCCAACUUUUGGAGAUCCUACUUGCAUCUCAUGGUAUAACUGCUCUAGUUUAG